CCUCUCACAAGCGAAGGUGGUUUUGGUCUGAUCACUCAGAAUCGUGGAUGCGUCCCUGGUAACGAACUGCCCAGCAAGCAAUCUGGUCUCACUGCUCGCUCCGCACAGUCAGUCAAUCAUUCACAAAUCCAGAGAGUGCCGAGGGAAUUUGCGAUGCUGAAGGACACCCUGAGGCAAUGGACCCUGGCAUAGACGGUGGAGAUGGCCCACGGAGGAACCUCUUUGUGAAGCUUCGUGCAUUCGGGCGGAUCUCAUUCCUACUUCGCUGGCUGAACCGUCUUGACCCGUCGAACUCGAGUCUCGCUCCGCAAUUCUCUGAAAAUCAGCACGACACACCCACAUUCUCAACCUGCUCGCUCAUCUGCUGCUCACCAGGAUGGAGCCUUUGAGACCAGGAUCCAGUCUUGCGGGGUCGUUUCUCGCGUCGGUUCCGAAGGGCACUGAACACGACCUCUCUUCGACCGCUUAAACCCGAUCCGGCUGUCCGGCUUAUUCAAUCACGCUUCACCCACUCGUUACCCAUUGUGCGCAAUUCAGCCUUCGUUUUUUUUUUUUUUUUUUUUUUUUUUUUCUCUGCACCGCUGUCAAUCCGUUCUGCAAGGAAAGUCGGAGAUGCACACCUAUCGUUCCGCCAUGGUUAUGAUUGUGUACGGGGACAUCGGUCUCAAUCCCUACCGGCCAAUCCAGCCACUUUUCGAAGCUCAGGUGGAUGUCGAAAUUGGUGACGGUGAGCUUGAAGGCUGGCCACUUCCUUCUUCCCAGCUACAAGGCGAAACAGCCCUUCGGAUUGAUCCCAUGCUUGGAGGAUGCCGACUUAACAGUUUUCGAGUCUCGAGCCAUAGCCAGAUACCUAGCUGAGAAGUACGAGGGCCAAGGUACGCCGCUUCUGGGCAAGACGCUGAAGGAGAGAGCGAUCAUCAACCAGUGGGCGGAUAGUGAGGCCCAGAACUUCCAGCCUGCUACAGGACCCAUGGUGCGAGAAGCAUUCGUAGCAGCGUUCGGAAUACGGCCAGUGGACGAGGAGGUGGUGGCGGCGGGGAUGAAGAAGCUGGACCAGGUAUUGGACGUGUGCGAGGCGCAUCUGGCGAAGGGCACCAAGUAUCUGGCUGGGGACGACUUCUCCCUGGCCGACCUGUUUCACACCGUGUACAUGAACUGGAUGAAGUCGGCGAGGCCCGAGCUGCUGGAGAAGCGACCACACCUGUCGGCUUGGAUCCACGACAUCACCACUCGCCCUGCAUUCCUUCGAUGCUUGCAACUCGAUUGGGAAAACGCCUCCCCGAUUCAGUGACGCGUUGUCUCCGAUGCACCGCUCCAGAGUCUCUGCGAGGAUGCCCUCGAAAGAGCUUGGACGCCGCAGAAAGAAGUGGGUUGGAGUGGUUGGAGUAUAGUGAAGCUCACGAACUUAAUGUGGUCAGAGUAUAAAUUUAGAUUAGGGUAAUAUUCAUUCUAGUUGUUGUUGGCUUGGGAAAAACAAACAAAGUGCCGAAAAUGGUCUUCCAGGCAUCAUCAUCUGUUUGAGAAUUAGGUGUAGUUUCAUGGGGGCAACAAUCUGGCAUGUCGAAAGGUUACGUAAAUGGUGAACAAGUCGUAAGGUUGUGAGAGCCGAAUAAGUCGGUUCAUAUUUUUUGGAUUUAAUGAGUCAAUUGUUGAUCUAUACUAUGAACUUGAUUGGAAUUGAAGAGAUUGAAGUAGAUUUGUAUGAA